AUGGCAUCAAAACGCGUGGAAACUGCGAAGAAGUAUAUCGACCACUUCGCUACCCUGGACACACAGAUCCUAGAAUCUAUCCUUGCCGACGACUAUUCUCAUGAGUUUGGGCCUGCAUCCAUCCAACACCUCACUCCUCCGUCAUUUGAUAAGCGCGGCAAAAUUGAGCACAUGCAACGAUUGCGUCGGAUCCUCUCCGGAUUUCCUGUGACUGCAAAACAAUACAUAGACAGCGAAGAAAGCAACAAGGUCGUGAUUUGGGCAACCAGCAAGACAGUCUUCCGUGCUGAGGCAAUGGAUGAUUCCAUCUCUCCGAGCGAGUGGGAGUUCAACGGCGAAUAUCUAUUCAUACUUAGCAUGGACGCGAAUGGGGACAAGAUUACGCGAACUGUUGAGUUCUUAGAUAGCAAGGAGACAGUUGACAAACUUCUGGUGCUCAUGAAGAAAGCCAACGAAAAUCUACAGAAAGGGUAA